UUCACUUCAAAUGGAACGCCCGGGCCGUGGCCGGGUCAGCCAUUUUUAUCACGUGAGCUUACUUUCAGAAUGACAGGAUCCCGGACCAGGUCCGCCCGGGUGUUCCAUUUGAACUGAAAUCAACAGUAGCACUGUAGACCGACCUCGGACUCGACUCCUUUAUCUGGCAGCAACCUCCCGGCCGGUCUGAAAGUGCCACUGAAUCCAGUAUCUAUGAUUAAAAUUUAUAGUGAGAUCUAGAGUUGUCAUGGCCAGAAAAGGUGAAUUCAAGAUUAUAGCUGAAAAUUAUCUCCAAAGAUAUUGUACGACAUGGCUGUUUUUUAAGUCAUAUGUAAAGGAAUAUGCAAGUUUGCUACUUUAUGAAAAUGGCUCCACUGUUCUUGAAUUCAGGGCUGAUCAAAAUGAUUAUGUAAAAUACAGAUAUGAAAUGGAGUCUUGUGUUGGUGUAUAUCUCAGAGUCGAAAUGGAUCAUGCAAGAGCAAAUUGGCCAACUGACAUUAAUCCUGAAUGCUGCUUUACAUUGAUAAACCAACGUGAAGACAAAAUUUUGUACCUUAUUGCUGAAAAUUCAAAAAUCGCACAGAACUGGACUUGGAAAUUGUCACAGUACAUAAAAGUCCCUCAAAAUGCCAGAAAACCAUUUAGCGAAGAAUUUAGUGUCAACAACUUAAUUGAUGUGUAUAACCUUCUAAUUGCUGAGCCAUCACUCCUUUCAUCUGAACCAUCAUCUUGGAAAUUUUUAGGUAGAAACCUAGGACUUGCUGAUAGCACACUGCAGAAAAUUGAAGACUUCUAUGACACUAAAGAAGAUCGCCUCUAUAAUUGUUUAUCAAAGUGGAUAAGAAGAUGUGAUCAAGUUGAUGAGAAAGGAGGGCCAACCUGUUAUAAGCUUGUAGAUGCACUAAGAAAAAUAAACAAUGAAGAGAUUGCAGAAAGAGUUUUUGCAAAAUUUAAUAAUAAAAAUGGCGAAGAAAAAGGCACAUCGAUUAAAGAAGAUGGUGAAGAAGGGAAAAACUUGCUGACAGAGAAAGGUUCUGUAGAGCCACAGGGUGAGUCUGGUGAUGCAUGUCUUCCGGCACCAGGUCUAGAGGACACUGCCGUACAUCCAAAGCCAAAAAGUCAACAAUUGCUUGAAGAAACAGAAGAAAGCUUUAAAGAUGAAGAGAGACAAGAAAUCAGGCAGAGCCAAACAGAAGAUGAGAGGAAAAGGACUUGGACUCUUGCUGGACAUGGGGAUAAAACAUAUGAGCAAGCCCUUGCCAACUGUCAAAAAGAUAGCAAAUUAAGGAUGCUGAUGGAAGCUGUUACUUAUAAGAUGCAGAAUUCAAAAAUGAGCUUUCUCGCAGAAAUUAAAUUUCUUUCCAACACAAAGAUGUCUAGUCUUGUCACCAUUAAUAAUGAAACGCCACACACAAUGAUGUAUCAUCAGUGCUUUAUUGCCAGAGGACGGAUAUCAGGCUAUCCCGGAUUUAAUGAAAGCAUUGCUGCUAACAGCCAUAAAAGCUAUUCGUUUGAAAAAUAUUCAUCUUUGUCAUUAGAUGGCUGUGCUGCUAUGAUUUUGCUCUCUGCAACCACUUGUGAAUCUACUAAAUGCUAUUUUGCAGUUGCUUUCAGGAAUUACCUAAAAUUUGCAAGUUUAUCCAGGAAUAAAGCUGCUCUGCUUAUUCUUAAUGAUGCAGAAUCGAUUGUCCGAAUGUCAGAUUCACAAUGCUUCAGUAAAAUCAUGAGGAAUAAAGAUGAAAGUCCUAACUUUGAAGGAUGCUACAAAGGUGACAUUUACAAACCAUCAUUCAUGCUAGCAUCAUUGGAUCAAUCAGAAUGUCAUGAGUUUCGAAACAUUUGUUUUCGAAUUGCAAUGAUUGAUGGCACUCGUAGUCAAAUAAGUUUGACUGUGCUACAUCCAGAACCUAUUGGCUAAAAUGUAGUGUAGGUCUAGGUAACUAUAAUUAUAUUGUUUUUAAUAUUUUACUUUUUAAAAUUAAUAUUAUUUUUGAUAAUAUUUUGUAUGGCCUGUAGCACCUAGCUAAUCAGUACUGAUGUGUUUGUAAUUCUUACAAUAAUAAUCAUUUUAAUUAAAA